UCAAUCAAUAAAAAUCGACUUGGCAGUAACUUACGACGCCAUUUUGCUGAAGACAACUUCUCCUGAAAACAAAGUUUUUAUGCAUAAUACCGGCGAGAUGGAGACAUCAACUUCCCUGAUUUUGUUUUUUCUCUUAUGCGGGGUUUUCUUCGGACCUUGGGUUGCGCAUGCCGAGGUGGUUGACACAUACAGACGGCGAAUUGUAUUAGAGGAGUGUUCAGCUGGAACCGACGGUCCGCCAGGGCCAUCGGGCCCACAAGGAGUGAAGGGGGACCUGGGAGGGCCCGGGAUCGCUGCUCCUAACUGGCGGCAAUGCUCCUGGUAUCAGAUCGACGAUGGGCAAGACAACGGUGAAGUCCGUACGUGUUCCUUCACCAAGGAGAACUCGGACACAUACCUCUACGUGGCGAUCUCCGCGAACCUCCGUGUAGCCUACAACAACCCGGCCUGCUGCCGCUGGUACAUCACGUUCAACGGUGCCGAGUGCUCCGAUCCGGCUAAAAUCGAUGCUGUCUGCUACGCCGCAGGGUACAGCAACUAUAACCUGCACAGACCCAGGGUGUUUUUCGGUUACUGCAAAAGCUUGUCAGCUGGAAGUUACUCCGUUGGUUUGAGAGUGGGCAACUGUGCUGGCUAUGGUUAUUAUGACUGCUACACUGGAUGGAACAGCGCCUUGCAUUUGAUGGUCGAAGAAGUGACACCUUCUCCUUACGAUUAGGCCAAGUAAAAAAAAGGAGUUUCUCGACUGGGUUUUUGGGAAAAAAAGAGAGGACAUGCCCCCUUCGGAUUUUCCAAGAUGGAUUCUUCGAUUUUCCGCUUUUGCUGAUAUUUUUGUGUCCAACGCUUUUAUAGUAACAGAUUGUAAACUUGCAUACAUAGUUACAAAUUUCCUGGAAGAAAACUUUAUAUAUUGCAAAUGUUUCGGGGUUUUUUGGGGGUUUUUUUAAGGAAAGAAAAGAGGCAGCAGAAAAAAAGUGCGAGGGGAGACUUUAUUUGGCCUUAGGUGAAUCUUUAGUAGAACAUAUUUUAAUCUUAUUUCUCGAAAUUGACAAUAUUUUCGCAUAUCAAAAAAAAUAUUUUUCAGAAUUUUCCUCUCCCCUUUAGAAAGAUUUCACAACAUCUACCGUUGUAAAAAAUAAAUUACUUUUUGCAGUGACAUGUCUGAUGAUACACAAUAAAUACACAAUAAAAGGUUGGUCUACAAUUUACAUCAUCAACGCUCCAAGGGCGAUCCAGAAAUUUUGAAGGGGGGGGGCGUCAGAUCUUUUUAAUGUCAAAUUGUUGUGGACAGGCGGACAUAUAGGUUAUUAUUAUUAGGCCAAAAAAUAAAAGUCU